GGGUGCAGCGGCUGGAAAAUGGCAGCUGAUACAGGGAGAUACAGGAGUGCUGUUAGCAAAAGCAAAGACCCCUCUGGUCUACUUAUUUCUGUUAUAAGGACCUUGUCCAGCAGUGAUGAUGUGCAGGACAGAGAGACAGAGAAAGGUCGUCUGGAGGAGGCCUUUGAAAAGUGUGACCGGGACCUGGACGAGCAGAUUGACCAGCACGAUACUGAGCUCACCACAGCCAUCAGGACCUACCAGAGCAUCACUGAGCGGAUCACCAGCUCUCGCAACAAGAUCAAACAGGUGAAGGAGAACCUGUUGUCUUGCAAGAUGCUGCUUCACUGCAAGAGGGAUGAGCUGAGGAAGCUGUGGAUAGAGGGCAUUGAGCACAAACAUGUCCUCCAGCUGCUGGAUGAAAUUGAAAGUAUCAAGCAGGUGCCUCAGAGGUUGGAGGCCUGCAUGGCCAGCAAACACUAUCUCCACGCCACUGAUAUGCUGGUGUCCGCCGUGGAGUCCCUGGAAGGCCCACUGCUGCAGGUGGAGGGGCUGGGAGACCUGCGCCUGGAGCUCCACAGCAAGAAGCUCAACAUCCACCUGGUGCUUAUUGAUGAGCUGCACCGGCAUCUUUAUAUUAAGUCCACCAGUCGCCUGGGACUCAAGAACAGGAACGCUGCUCGCCUGCCAGGUUCCGCAGCCAAAGACGCAUCGCCAAUGCCCAUGUUGGAUGUCAGCAGUCUGUCAACGCCACGCAAGCUGGGGGACUCCUCCCAGUUCAGCACCCCCGGAACUAGCAGUGUGCGUGAGCUGCAACAGGAGGUGCGUGAUCUGAACCAGACGGACCUCCCUGAAGCUGAUCCUGAGGAGAACAGUGCUGAGUUCAUGGGUAUCCUUAUUAAGGCUCUAGCCAAACUAAAGAAAAUCCCAGAGACCAUCAAGGCCAUCAUGGAACGGCUGGAGCCGGAGCUCAAACAAAUAGUCAAGAGAUCUACCACUCAGAUAGCAGACCACGCCUACCAGAGAGGGGAGAAUCUGGCACAGGAGAGCCAGCCAAGGCUGCUGCUGGAACUGCUCGAGCUGCUGAUCGAUAAGUUCAAGGCGGUGGCCCAGGCACACAGUGUGGUGCUGACCCACCUCCAGCAGAUAGUGGUGCAGUGCCCAAGAGGAGCCCACGAGGAAGGCAUCAAGCUGUAUGAGCAGGCUGACGUCUCAGCCAAGAUCCAGACUGUGCUGCAGGUUCUGCUAAUGGACUACCUGGAUGUGAAGAACAGCCGCAGUGCUGCCGAGCCCUCAGCACAGCUCUCCUAUGCCAGCACGGGCAGCGAGUUUGCCGCCUUCUUUGCCAAGAAAAAACCCCAGCGUGCCAAGCAGUCCCUUUUCAAAUUUGAGUCAUCAUCCCAUGCCAUCAGUAUGAGCGCCUACCUGAGAGAGCAGCGGAGGGAACUUUACAGCAAGAGUGGAGAAUUGCAAGGCGGAGCUGAUGACAACCUGAUUGAGGGAGGAGAGAUGAAGUUUGUGUGCAAACCAGGAGCCAGGAACAUCACUGUAAUCUUCCAGCCUCUCCUCAGGUUCAUUCAGGAGAUAGAGAUGAACAUGGGUCCGGGUCAGGCCAAGCAGUGCCAGCUUCGAACCUUCCUGACCUACUAUAUCAACGACCUCUUCCUCAACCAGGUGCGAACAGAGAUUAACAAGGAGAUCGAGGCUGUUAGCAAGGCAGCCGAUCCACUCAAGAUCCUUGCCAGUGCUGAUACCAUGAAGGUUCUGGGAGUCCAGAGACCUCUGCAGCAGAGCACAGUGGUGGUGGAGAAGUCUAUCCAGGACCUCAUGAAUCUGAUGCAGGACCUCAGUGCUUACUCCAACCAGUUCCUCGAGAUGGUGUGUGAUAAGCUGAAAGAGUACAAGGACAUCUGCAACACAGCCUACAGGGGUAUUGUCCAGUGUGAGGAGAAGCUGACCAUCAGCGCCUCCUGGGCCAAAGACGAGGACAUCAGUCGUUUACUUCAGUCUCUCCCCAACUGGGCUAACAUGACCCAACCCAGACAGACCCGGCAGAAGAGAGAGGAUGAGGAGGACUUCACCAGAGCGGCAUUCGCCAAGGAGUCGGAAGUCCUGACCGGUAACCUCGGAGACAAGCUGAUACCCCAGAACGAGAUCCUGCGUGAUGUCAGUGACCUGAAGGCUCUGGCCAACCUCCACGAGAGCAUGGAAUGGCUGGCUGGACGCCUCAAGACUUUCUUCUCCACCCUGCCGUACAUCACCAGUGUGUCUCAGGGUUCAGCAGACAGCCAGGUGGCCAGUGAGAGUGAGCGGAGCAGAGAGCAGAUUCUCCAGACCCUCACUGACCUCUCCAGGGGUUUCCAGGACAUCGCUGACCGCUGCCUCCUGGUCCUUCACCUGGAGGUCAGGGUGCAUUGUUUCCACUACCUGAUCCCCUUGGCCAAGCAGGGAAACUACGCCAUCGUGGCCAAUGUGGAGAGCAUGGACUACGACCCCCUGGUGGUUAAACUAAAUAAAGACAUCUCAGCCAUAGAGGAGGCCAUGGGGGCAGCCCUGCAGCAGCACAAGUUCCAGUACAUUUUUGAAGGGCUGGGUCAUCUCAUCUCCUGUAUUCUGAUUAACGGGGCUCAGUACUUCAAGAGGAUCAGUGAGUCCGGCAUCAAGAAGAUGUGCAGGAACAUCUUCGUCCUCCAGCAGAACCUCACAAACAUCACCAUGUCCAGGGAGGCCGACCUUGACUUCGCCAGGCAGUACUAUGAGAUGCUUUACAACACGGCGGACGAGCUGCUGAACCUGGUGGUGGACCAGGGUGUGCGCUACACGGAGCUGGAGUACAUCAACGCCCUGUCCUUGCUGCAGCGUAGCCAGACCGGCGUGGGCGACCUGGGCACCCAGAACAUCCGCCUGCAGAAGCUGAAGGAGAUCAUUUGCGAGCAGGCCGCCAUCAAGCAGGCCACCAAGGAUAAAAAGAUCACCACAGUGUGAUGACGUCGUGUUUGGGGUUGCUGCAAAGGAGAUGAUGGAUUGUGGAGCACUGUAGGUUAGGGAUAUUGGGAUGGUAUAAACAGGUAUGUAGUGGUACCUAUGGGGAUAAGUGGUGUGUUCCAGACCUGGGUCAUGACGGUGUUUGAAAUUGGUCCAAUUUACAGUAUAAUCUGCUCUACAUCUAGAUUUUUUUUGACAUAUUCCCUGAUGGGGUGGUACACAGUUGUGUAGUCGAAGGCCUAUAUAGAUAUACGGUACCCUCCUCCAUUUCUGGACAUUUAGAUUGACAUCUACGUAACUUGAAGCAGAGGUAGCCAUUAGACUCCCAUUUCUUCAGAUGCUACAAAAUGACCGGGGGAAACCGAAUGCACAUUACAUCUAGCAUCCAUCUGGCAUUAGAUUAGGCAGAUGGAUGGAUUUCACAUUCAUCUUGAUUCAGGUCUGUCAGUCAGUGUUCCUCUAGUGUACAAAAUGUGACAUAGCUCAAUCCACCAACAAGUUUUACAGCUUCAUCCAUGUACUCUAUCGAAACACAAAGUGGAGCACCAAUUACUCCUUUUUAGGGGACAUACAAAUCCAACACUUAUGCACACACACACACACACACACACACACACACACACAUAGAAUGAGACCAAAGCUCACCCUGACUUCAGCUCCAGAUAGAAGACAAUUGCUAGGACACCCACCCCGAUUUAGACCCCAUCUCAUCUCAUUUCCCUAUUAAAUCUAAACUCCUGCUCUAAAUUACACCUCUAUCGCUCCUCUCCUGGCUGCCCCACGGGCCCACUGACUGUGUCUGCAAUAACAGAUGCCAGAUUAGACCGUCUGAAUGAGACCACGUCUCCUGCCUGCUGUCCAUUUGGGUUGGUCCCCAAAGAUUCCCUUGGCUUAAAAUUGUCUCAUAUCUGCGGCUGUUAAAAAGUCUGUUUUUCUGUCAUUCUUUUCUUGGAGUUUGGCCAGGGUACUCACUGCCUGGCCUGCGUGGGAAGUUGGGAGUUAAUAUAACAUGUUUUAUGAGAAGAGUAAAUGCGUUUCACAGAAUCUGUAAUGUUUGUUUUUUUUUUUAUGUUGAAGUUCAUUUGUGGCAUUUUGCCUGAAGAUACCUUAACACUUUUCUGAUUUUCAUUCAAACUAGAACAAGGCCAGGCAUAAGAAGUUGCUGUCCAGCAAACACUGCUCUGUAGUAAAAUUAGCUGCAUGUGUGCUCUUGAUGCUUGCGAAUUGGAAUUCAAUCCAUCUGUCAUAUAAGCUCUGUAAAUUGAAAUUGAUGCUCUUGCGAUUCACUUUCUCCCCUUCCUUCUACACAUGCUGAAAGCUUUAAUUUCAGAUGUUUUAAACUGCACACACACACACACACACACACACACACACACACACACACACACACCCCAUUCUCCUCCCUGCACCUCCUCCGUGUUUUCAGUUCAUUUACUUGAGAGAGGAGUACUUAAUGAGAGAAGUAGAGGAGAAAGAGAGCCUUGUCAAUACAGCAGGCACAGCGCUGGUCCCCGGAAGCCCACGGAACAAUCCAUCAUAAUGACACACAGACUUGGGAUCGAUGAGAAACAAUGGCAGAGCUCCUGAAGGGGUCGCCUACAGCUUCUGAAAUGUACUGUUCGCACCGAGUCCACAAUCUGCUCGUUCAGCUCCUCGACUCACAGCUACCCGUGUGAUGCGAUAGCCUAGAAACUUUCGAACAAAGUUGCAGACUGUGUCCUUUAUCACAUACACCGGUACAGAUAUUCACGCUCACUGAUGUGCUCCCAUUUUUCACCAGGUAAAACAAAAACGCAACACAAAAGCAUAUAACCAGUUAAACUCAGUGGGAUCACAAGGAUAGUUUGGGCAUGCAAUAGCUGCUGCUGUGGGUUACACAGGGGGUAAACUUCAGCAAAUGUUCCUUUUUCCACAUUGUUCUGAAGUUACGUUUAUUUUCUGUCCAAUUCUGCUAUGUUUGUCUGGUUUUGAUUCACGCUUCAUACAAGAAUGUUAUGAUUUGUACACAUCGGUGUGCAAUUGUAAAGAUGUUUUGAGAUUCUUCCUCUUGUGCAGCAUCACUCAUGUGCUCUGAAUUUGUCAUCCUAUGCUAAAGGAUGUAUGAUUUGUCAAUGUGUACACUAAUUGAAAUAAAAAUUGUUCAAAUUCCAGGCUGAA